AUAACCUUCCUAAUAAAAAUAAAUAGUUUAUUAGAGCGAGCGAUUAGUAGAGCGCUAUUUCGCUGUCAUAUUUUGGGACUGCAAAGAUGCUUUUCUAGAUUUGCAUUAUUUAUCCAAUUUUUUACGGCCGAGUUGUUCCAGUUUGUUUGUACCAGCGUGCAGUAUUUUGUCUGCGCUUAAUAAGUGAGAUUCCCCAAAAAAUGGCCUGGUUAGGCCUGUUGAUAUUGGGGGCGUCGCUACUUGCCGGAAAUGCGCUAGAUGAUGUUGUGGCGGGCACGUUUUACUGCAACUUCGAAGUGGACCUUUGCGGAUUGCAGAACAGUCCAAUUGGUGUUCCGUGGACACGUCAAAAUAAGGCAUACUUGCUAUCUGAGCAUAUUCCCAAUCGGCCAAAUGAAGUGGCUGGCGAUCAGUGGUAUUUGUAUUUGCCGCUUCGGCACACCAGUCAAGUGGAAGAGCCGGGUCUGGCCGUGGCCCGUACAAAUAUCUUAGCUGGAGGUUCUGCUCCAGUUAAUCAAAUGGCUGAUCUUUGUUUGUCGUAUUGGAUAUAUAUGACCACCGAUCAGGAGAACGAAUUUCGAAUUUCGGCUGCGGAACCGGACGGAAGUGUAUACCGGGUGCUGCAACGGUUUAUGGGCAAUGCGGCACCAACAUGGAGAUUCAAAUAUAUUGAUUUCCAACAAUCUAAUCCUUUUCAGUUGGAGUUAUACGCAAUGAUUUUGCCGACAUCCACUUCGAAUUUCUCUCAAAUUGCUAUUGACGAUAUUGGUUUAGCUCCGGGAAAGUGUCCUAACGCGGUUGUCGGGAAUCAGAUCAGCUGUAACUUUGAGCAAGGCAUGUGCGGUUAUGAAACUGAAAAUGACGACGGUGGCGACAAUUGGUACCGUACAUCCAAAAGCACUUCACCUUUGGGCCCGACCGACGUACCACAAGAAGAUAGUACUUACCAUACGGAAAAUGGAUAUUACGCCUUUUUUCGUAUCCGAAGAAAGACCGGCUCAGGAAUACGAAGCGCCAGUCUGAUCUCCGUACCGGAACAAGUAGUCGGCUCGCAUUGCAUAUCCUUCCACUAUCAAAUCUCCCGGGUUACUCCUGGUUAUUAUCCGAUAACAUUUAUGCUGAAAGCCAUAUAUGACGAAACGCAAACCUCAACCAUUUGGUCAACAUCAUCGGCAUAUGGAUUUCGAUGGGUGGCUGCUGAAGCCGAGUUCACUGUUCCGGAAGGAAUCAAUCAGCUGAAGCCGUUCAAGGUUGAAUUUUUGACUUCUUCCCUAUCUAAUACAGAAGGUUAUGUCGCGUUGGACGAUAUAUCGUUUUCUACCGGAAAAUGUUUAAAAACAGGCGACUGCACUUUUGAUCUCAAUGCUGAAAAUCCCGAUGGAUAUUGUGGCUGGGAAGUUGUUACGGGCAACCAGUUCCAGCUCAACAUGAUUUGGGCUGUCGGCCAACCCACUGGCCCAGUUAGCACAAGCGGUGAUUAUCUUUAUUUCCGCGGUGGACGUGGAUCGGGAAACAUGUUGAAAGCCCGCGCUCUUUUGGCUAGCGAGCAGAUGGUCUACGAUACAAGCAAAUGCAUGACCUUUCAGUAUUACAUCAACAAAACUGGCGCGGCGGAAAUUCGCAUCCACCAAGUUCAAGAUAUCGAUCAAGAAAGGAUACUGUGGGCCGACGACGGACGCGUAUCGGAAGGCGACACAUCCACGGAUUAUAACGGAUGGAGACUGGCCCGAGUGCCGUUGUUGUCGCUGAAUCACGCAAAUUUUAUCGUGACCAUUGAGGGAAUAAUUCGGCGCGAAAUCUCUGACCAGUAUAUUGUAGGAAUCGAUAAUGUUAAGUUCCUGCAGGAUCCAUGCACCCUGGCCCCUCCAAUUGCUGCCCCUCUACCGAUCGAAGAAGUUCCCGAAGAACACGGAGCUUCCGUCUGCAACUUUGAUAACGAUGACACAAAUGAAGAUUGUGGUUACAUCACGGAUGAAGACGCUACGGCGCAGUUUCAUAUCCGAACUGGUAACACUCACGACGAGUAUUUCAGCGAGCACGCACCGAUGUUUGAUCGUACCACCCUGGAGGAAUACGGGCGCUACCUGUAUUUCCCCCCGAUCAAAGCCGAACGCGGAACAUAUGCGCGGCAGAUUUCGCCGGAAUAUAAGCGAGAAAACCCGGCCGAUCCACGAUGUUUGAAAUUUUGGUAUUACUUCCGCGAAGGACCCGGUGCUGGACAGCUUAAUGUGUAUGCGCGCGUUAACGACACGGAUAACUUGGUAUGGACUUCGGCUGAGAGCACGUGGUGGCUGAAUGUGGCGUACGAAUGGUCACUGGCCAGCGCCAGUAUUCCCGCAGCAUCCACGUUUCGGAUUAUAUUCGAAGCCAUGAUUAUGGAGGAUAACGGCUAUUUGAGUGCCGCAUUGGAUGACAUUACGGUGUCCAUGACUGAAUGCAAGGUUAUGGAUUGUGAUUUCGAAGAAGGAUUUUGCAGUUGGCACAAUUACUUUGAUUUCUUUGGAACGGCGGAUUUGGCGUGGGAGUUUACCAAUGAAAAUCUUAUCCCGGAAGUGCAGAAUCCGGCGCAGCCACAUGGCCGGUUUAUCUUCGUCCCCGUGGAAAGCACAACGCCGGCCGGUCACCAAGCCAUGCUGGAGCAUUACGAAGUGAUGAAAUCCAACGAACACGUGUGUCUACAAUUUGACUACUACAUCACCGCGGUGACAACGGGCACGCUGGCACUGUACUGGUACGACAAGGAAGGCGAAGUGGUCGACUAUACGAAAAUCUGGACUACCGAGCAGACGAGAGCAUUCGGUGCAUGGCAGACCGGGCAGGCACUGAUCCAGUCGAAUAAAGCAUGGAAUGUCAUGUUAGUGGCCACCGCUCGACCGAACAAUUCCACCAUUCCCGCCGAGAAGCUGCAGAUUGUAGCGCUUGACAAUAUCCGACACCGCAUCGUUAGUGAUGCUCAGACGUGUCCUUCGUUGCCGGUGAAUUCGCUGGUAACGACGACCACUACGCCGGCAACGACUACGGUGUCCUCGCCGCAUUCGAAUAACUCCAUCGUUUACAUGUGCACCUUCGAUGAAAAUCUUUGUGGUUUUGAAACUGACCCGGCUUCCACGAUCGAAUGGCAGCGCUUGCCGGAAGAGUGGACGGUUCCUAAUCGACCAAGUGCAAUUAGAGGCAACAAGUUCCUGUACGCUAAUUUCUUGAAUGAAGAAGCAGUGUACCGAUUUGGCUCCAUCACAUCGCCGACAAUUGACGUUAACGCCAACGAAAACCAGUUUUUCUGCAUUCGUUUCUGGGUGUUCAUGGACAGCUUCUCUGAUAACCGAUUACUGGUCUCACUGGUUGAUGGACCAAUGCAGCCGUUGGUUCUAGAAACCUUUGCCGGUGUCGUGCGUCCUUGGACGGUCAAAAGUAUAAAUGUUCGACGCAACAAAAAUUUCCAGAUUCGACUAUUUGUGCAAAAUGCAUUGGAUCUUGAUCGGUACGAAGGAGUUGCUGUCGAUGAAUUUAUCGUGGAAAACGGGAAAUGCUCGGCAAAUGAGCCUACGCCGACCUUCGAAUUUUGUGAUUUUGAAGAAGGGCCCUGUAAGUUUAGCGUCGGGUCAACCGUGGACAAUUUCCACUGGCGGAUCACAAACGGGCACGAUGUCGAGACGGACAGUGAUGCAUUUAUAAUGUCGGUCAAGCCAACCGAAGACCAUACCUAUAACGCCCCAGGCGGUCACUUCGGCUUCCUGUACCUUGGAUCAAAUACGGAUGCGUGGACUGGCACUGGAGCCCAGAAAGCAGACAUGAAAUAUUCGCCCAUCCCAGCGCUUUCUGGCGAUCAGUGCGUCUCAUUUUUCUACCGUUUACUGAAAGGCUCGGUCAAGAAUGGUCCGGAGUUGAAGGUUCUCAUGAAUGCGGGAGGAACUCAGCGAACGCUCUUCACGAGUAAUAUUCCCCACGGGCGCAAAUGGAUAGCUGCCAAAGCUAGCGUUCUUUCACGGGGGCUGGAUGACACAUACGACUUGGAUGUAACGUUCUCGGUUAACAGUGCAAAGGGAGCCAAAGGAGCCGUUGCGAUUGACGAUUUUGCGGUGACACCAGGCGCUUGCGAACACCCAGGCGAUUGUAAAUUCAAUACUGGAAACAACGGAAUAUGUGACUGGCAGCAUCUACCUCUUGGGGACUACGCCACGAUACAGUGGACUAAUCGUAUGCCAGCAGGCGGACCGGUGUCGGACAGCAGCUACCUGUUCAUCGAAGGUGGCCGUCCUACCGGUCACCUUCCGGGAUCGCGCGCCGUGUUGUACAGUGAAUAUCUUACCUGGCCACUGGAGCAAGCGAUGUGCAUGACCUUUAAGUUCUUCUCUAAUGCUUCGGGUGCUGCGGCUGUGCGUGUACAUCAGGUGGAAGAUCCCAGCGAAUGGAAUCCACUGUGGGAAAAUUAUGGUCGACAAGAAGUGAACAUGUCUCAAGGGGAAUCGGUGUGGCAUCCAGCGCAGAUUCCGUUGCAAAAGCCUAAAGAUGGAGAGGAAUUUUUGAUUACCAUCGAAGGGUACAUCAAACGCGAAGUGGACGCUGUGUAUUUCAUUGCAGUCGAAGAUGUUGUGUUCUUGAAUCAAGCUUGCAUUCUAAUGCCUAUGGAUUCAGUUCCGAUUCCAACCGUGCAGCCACCUACUGAUGAUACAGCGAAUGUGUGCACAUUCGAUGACAGCGAUAUGUGUGGAUGGACUCACCAAUCAGUCGGAUCGCGUCCGUACAACUGGGAGCUUUUAUCAGGUCGAGACCAGGGAAAGGACCCCAAUGUUCCUCCGUUUGAUCACAGCACAAUGGAAAGUUUCGGGAAAUUCUUGUAUUUUAACGCAAGUGCGGCUCCAUUGGCUGGAACUGCCAUCACGAAACCAUAUACCCGUCAAAAUGCUAACGAUCCAACAUGCCUACGAUUUUGGAUGUACAUGCAAGGCCACAACCCCGGCGAAUUACAUAUUAGUAUGCAGGGACAGGAUUUCCCAGAAAAGGAAAUUUAUGCCAUUGCCGGCUGGGACAGUCGGCGUUGGAAUCAGUACAUGGUCCAGCUGCCGGUGGGAGUGAAGCAGUUUUUGUUAAAGAUCGAAGGCAGAGACCAGUUGGAUUUUGCUGACGGUGGAAUUUCUUUUGAUAAUCUGGCUGUUUCUCCUGGAGAAUGCCGACAAGUUGACUGCAACUUUGAACACGGAAUGUGUAGCUGGGAAAACUAUUACGACGCUUCGGGAAAACAACAAUAUGAUUUCGAAUACGGCACUGCCAAGACGCUUGAAAGUGAAGACGAUUCAGUAGAUCGUGGUGUCUUCGUGUACCUACCCGUUCUACGAACCACCCCACGCGCAGCUCAGUCAUUUUUGCGACACGAUAGUUUUGUGGAAGGCAAUGUGGAGCGAAAUUUCUGCUUGCAUUUUGACUACCUAAUAACAGGAGAACAAGUCGGUCGUCUAACACUGUGGCAUUACUGGGUCAACGCGGAGAACGGAUACGAUUAUGCGACUGUCUGGAGUAGCCGCGGCGAACCAGAAUAUGGCUAUUGGCAAAAAGGGCAAAUUUACCUUGAUAAAAAUUCAUCUUGGACGCUGAUGUUCGAAGCCGUCGGGAACGAACAAGGCGAGCUGACCUCCAAUCGCUUGCAUGGUAUCGCCGUUGACAACAUCCAGCACGAGCUGGUGUCCAGUGCUGACCUUUGUCCCCAGCUACCACGCCCGGCACCCGCUACAACUCGCCGCACCACAACGCUUGGCACAACCACGCCUCGUCCGACGUCCGGCAUCGGCAACCCGAUUUUGCAGUCGUGCAAUUUUGACAAGGAUGAAUGCGGUUGGACUGUGGUGUCGGGCUCUACUAUCAAAUGGCACCGGGCUCAUCAGACGAUCACUAGUGGCGAUGAGGCAUGGGUUAUACCUUAUCGCACAGAUAAUAUAAAAAAUGAUUAUUUCCUGUUUGCUGAAACAACCGGAAGACCGAAUGGGAAUAAAAUGGGAUCAAUCACGGCGCCGCUUGUGCAAGCCCAAGACCAGUCGUUAGAUUACUGUCUUCGUUUCUGGGCUUAUGUGGAAGCGCAAGAGAACAGUGAAAUCAGCAUUAUCCGAAAAGAUAACGGAAAUCGUGAGACCGUUUUGGAGCGCUAUCAAGGGGAAGCACGGCCGGAGUGGUCUGCCGAACAUAUCCCGUUCCAAGCAAAAGGACCUUUUCAAAUAAUGUUUCGAGCCGACGCUCCUCGCGGAGCAGAUGCUUUUGGAGUCGCGGCCAUUGACGAGUAUGUGCUCGAACUUGGAAAGUGCUCCAAUGAUCAACUACCUGAACAUCCUGGUGUAUUUUGCGAUUUCGAGGAAGAUGACUGCGGUUAUGUUAACAGAGGAGGGGGCGAAAUUGUCAGCUGGACUCGUACUUCGCGCGAAAUGUUAGGCACCACCAGUGAUCUGAUGCUGAUUGACCUUACACCGUCCGAGGACAAUACUUUAUCGUCCAUCGAAGGACAUUACGCUUUUGCAUACUUAGGCCCCAAAAUGGAAACCACCACCACCGCCGCUGCAACCUACUCAUCACGGGUACACACGUUGCGCGGUGAACAGUGUGUUACAUUUUUCUACCGGCACGUCAGAAUCCCCAGCAGCACCAGCACGGCCAAACUGUCGGUUUCCGCCACCGAUGGGGAGCGCGAGUGGACAAUUUUUAACUCAGACAUGGCGCACGGAAAGAAAUGGGUGGGCGCGAAAGCUUCGUUUACGCCCAUCAACAAGACAGCCGAUUAUCCAUUCACUGUCUCUUUUAUUGUAUCCGGAUUUCAAAAAACCCGGGCUGCAGUGGCGCUUGACGAUAUUGCCAUCGUUCCCGAAAAUUGCCAGCACGUAGGGGAUUGCAGUUUUAACACCGGGAGCGUACAGCUGUGCAUGUGGCAGCGUCAUGUCAGCGAGGAAUCGAAAAUGCAGUGGAAAAAUGGGCUUCCAAAUGGUGGACCAGCUAAAGAUAGUGGCUACAUAUAUUUCCAAGGCGGUCCACGAUCCGGAAAUCCCAUUGGUUCCCGCGCUCUCCUUUACAGCCCUACCAUGUUCUACGAGGACAAUCUGUGUAUGACCUUUAACUAUUUCAUGAAUUCCACCGGUGCGGCGGUAGUACGAGUUCAUUUGGUUGAGCAAGUAACCGGCACGGGAAGCUAUAAUCCGGUGUGGGAGGAUUAUGGGCGAGACGAAGCCAACACCACCCUGGGCGGCAACGGCUGGCAUCACGCGCAGAUUCCGAUUCCUUCAAAUUCCGUUUCUGAUUUUUUGGUUUUAAUCGAAGGUGUCGUCCGUCGUGAAACAAACGUACCGUAUUUCAUGGCUAUCGACGAUAUGGUGUUCUUACGGGGACCGUGUCCGCUAACUCCAGCGGACGCGCUACCGAUUCCCACUGUUACGCCGUCGGUCGAAGAUGUUUCGGAGGUGUGCACAUUUGAUGACGAUAUCAUGAACCAUCCCAUGUGCGACUGGCAACACGAUACUUCGCAGUCGUUGAAAUGGGAGAUGCUGACCGGCUACGCUGGGCAGACAUCGGCCAAUGUCCCGACUAUCGAUCACACCACUGUGGAACCGAUGGGAAACUUUUUGUAUGCUAAUUUAACCAACGUGAGAGUCAGCAGCACGGCAUCGGUGGUCAGUCGGGGUUACGAUCGUGUUAAAGCCGACGGAUCCGCGCUGUGUAAAAUUCUGGUAUUACAUGUUUGGCGAUCGGAUUGGAGUUCUAAAUGUGCGUGGAACUUAUGGGGACAACCAGGCAUUCACGGCGUUCUCCCAAGAGACAUUCUUUACGGGACGUUGGUAAUGCGUGAAUACGAAGUGCCCCUGGAUAUCAUGAGCUUUAAGCUGAAAUUUGACGCAUUCGCCACAACGGAUACUGGACAAGGAGGCGUUGCUAUUGAUGACAUUGCUGUGUUGCCGCAUAACUGUAUUCAAGUUGAAUGCAACUUCGAGCACGGAAUGUGUAACUGGGAGAACUACUACGAUGGAACCGGCAACAUGGUUUUGGAUUGGUUAUAUGGUGUGUCCGGUAUGUUACCCAGUGCCGAUGAUGCGGUAAAUCGCGGGAUUUUCCUUUACGUCCCCGUCCGUCCAUCCACACCAGCUAGGCAAACGGCUUUGAUGCGUCAUGAUACGUUAGUGCUGCCGGGAAACACAUUCUCCUGUUUCCACUUCGAAUUUCUUAUCACAGCACGAAAUGUCGGGCGUAUAACCAUUUGGCUGUACUGGCUCAACCAGAAUAAUAACUAUGAUUACAAGCAAAUAUGGGUAAACCGAGGACUGAACAACAUCGGAAAAUGGCAGACAGGACAGUUUUUCAUUGACCGAAGCGAAAGAUGGACGUUGAUGAUCGAGGCUAUGGCUAACGACCUGAACGUGACAAUUCCAUCAGGGUCACAUGGUAUAGCUGUUGAUAACUUCAAACUCGAGGUCGUGCCUGACGCCCAGCACUGUCCAACGGUUCCGCAGGAUGCUACGAUCACCACUCCGACACCGUUCACGACGACGACGACGCGUCCCACGACCACGGCAGCACCCAGUAGUUUCGAAUGCAACUUUGAUGCUGGCCACUUUUGUGGUUGGACACAGCGAGACGACACCCAGUACAAGUUUUUGCUCGGCCAGAAGGGAAGCACCGAGACAUUUGGGCCGGCUCUGGGUGAUGAUUCGGAAACCCGCGACGGGAAAUUUAUCUACAUCGAUGCUCCGAGUGGAACCACUGGUGACGAAGCGCGACUGUUUUCGCCCACCGUUAACCAGCGAACUCCAUACUGCUUCCGCUUUUUCUACAAUAUGAACGGAAACGGAAUGGGGCAAAUCAAUGUUUACACAGUCAGAACGGACGGUCCAUCCUUUAGUACGACCUGGAAACCACCAAAGUCAUUCACCGGACGGAAUUACGGCGACCAGUGGAUCGGUGCAGCUUGGACAAUUACACAGUCCACCGUUAGACAAAUUGUCCUUGAGGCUGUACGCGGAACCUAUGCAACAUCCUACAUCGGCAUCGACAGUAUUUCCCUUAAAAAUGGAGCGUGCGAAACUGAAGGAAACUGUGAUUUUUCCAACGGUUGGUGCCAGUUCAAUCCCUAUGCCAUACAGGGGAUGGGGCACUGGGAUGCGCCGCCCACGCUGUAUCAAGCGAUUGUUACCGCUUAUAUGUCCAACGGAGAAUCGGCCAUUUUCCGGACUGAUAUCUUACCAGCCCAGCAGAAGCUGUGUCUUCGGUUCAAGUUCAUGGCGGAUGCGAAAGCUGUCCUCCUUGUCAGAUCCAUCGAGUAUCCACCGGAAGGAUCUCGUCCACCCGCUGUCACGGAUAUUUGGAGACUAGAGGGCAGUUUGGAGCUGAAUUCCUUUGCUUUUAUCGAUGCCCGCGCGCCAGUUACACUGGACAACAAAGGAACCAAUCCCAUUCAGCUAUCGUUUGAAGCGCACUUCCUUGAUUUAACCGACAGUACGCCGGGACAUCACCGAACUAUUACGGUGGAUGACGUAUUUAUUGAUACUGCCGCCUCUUGUUCAUAUGCUCCCGAUUACGCUAACCCAUCUGUCACAACGACAGCUCCAUCUACAACAUUGGACUUUACGGUCGAGACGGUGCAACCGUCAACAGAGCCUCCCGUCGAAACCCCUGUAAGCAAGUAUAACUGUAAUUUUGAUCAACGGAACUUGUGUCUGUGGACCAGCAAAAGCGGUAUUCUAUGGAAAGUGUCUAACACUCAAGUUAGUACCGCUUCGGGACCGACAACUGAUCACAGCGGACACGGAUAUUUUGCUUAUUUGGAUCCGGCGAGCAAUAUUUUCACCACUUCGGGCCGCCUAGAAAGUCCCUAUAUUGAAUGGAGCGGCAGCGAGGAACGACCGUCGUUUUACGUUUUUAGCUUCUGGUACUAUAUGCACGGAAGUGCCAUUCACGAACUACGCGUUAACACUCAGCAGCGCGGCAGCAGUUUGUGGGAGAACAAAUGGACGCUGCGUGGCGAUAAGGGCAAACGGUGGUUCCUUGAACAGUUGGUGCUGCCGGUGGGCGUUGAGGACUUCAAGGUGGCUCUGGAAGGUGUUCGUAAAGAGGACUUCUUCUCGGACAGCAAUGCAUACAUUGCAGUGGAUGAUAUCAUAUUUGAGGCUGGAAAGAUCCCUGAUCAGUUUGACGACACGAUCUGCGAUUUCGAUACAAAUGCUUUCUGUGGUUAUGCACCGGAAUCGACGGUGCCGGCAUUUAUGUGGGCAUGGCGGAAUGGUGAUGAUACUGCCGCUCUUAACGAUACCGGCCCACUUUACGACAAAUCUCAGAAUUCCGCAUACGGUCACUACAUGGCCAUCAGUGCCAAGGAUGCCUCGGUGGGGGAUUCCGCGAAAUUGUUUUCCACUCUUCACGAUCCUACCACCGGUGUUUGUGUGAAAUUCUAUUACUACCGACGCUCUGUGCAGUCGUUCUCGGGCAUACUGGACGUUUACCUCCUUAAAAAUCAAGAAGCAACCGAGUCAAUUUGGUCGGACGAAAACAUGAUUGGUGGUGAUUUCUGGGAACCAGUUAUGCUAGAAAUAGCAUCCCCUGCUGAAAACUGGAAGAUCGUUUGGAACGCAGAAGUUGUAUCUCCAGAUCAGCCUGUCGUCGCCAUUGAUCACGUUGUAAUAACGGAAGGUUUAUGUCCCCGAAAUGUAAUCCAAUGCAGUUUCGACGAAGACACGUGUGAAUGGUACAACGGUCUUUCGGACGACCAUGUCAACUGGGUGCUGGAGUACGGUCCGUCACAAGUACAGGGAACCGGCCCGGAUUCCGAUGCUCUGAACGAUGCUGACGGAGGAUAUCUUCUGUUCGAAGCUGUUUCGGCAGAUGUGGAAGAUACUGCUCGCAUGCUGAGUACCCCAAUCGACAACGAAGGGCACGCGGCACUCUGUUUCAAAUUUCAUUAUCACAUGUUCGGAGUCGAUGUUGGUGAACUGUUGGUUAUUCAAAAGAAUCUCGUGGAAACAUCGGAAAGGGAAAUAGUUCGGUGGCAAUUAUUUGGUAACCAACAAAAUCAAUGGCAUUCAGCGCAAGUGAAAAUUGCUCCUGCAACCCGCGAGGCGCCUUAUCAAAUUGUUUUGCAAGCCAAGCGCAACGGACUUCUGGGCAACAUUGCUGUCGAUGAAGUGGACAUGUCAUAUGUCGAUAAUGAUGCGGACUGCAAACUGAAACCUGAAAUCGCCGUUCCGCUGCCGACCACACCACCCCCCACCACGCUGCAACCGACACAAAAUCCUAACGGUACAUGUACAUUCGAACAGGACACCUGUGGCUGGAACAGCGACACGCUGAGCGGUAUGAAAUGGAAACGCACGCGGGCGGCAACCCAAAACCUGAUCGGCAACGGUCCAGCGGUGGACCAUACGAUACAAGAAGGCUCGGGAUGGUAUUUAGUGUUUGAUCCUCGAACGGGCAAAGAGGGUGAUCGUGCGCGAAUACAAGGCGGGACGCUACAGGCACCAGCCUGUGUUCAGUUUUAUUACCAUGCCGCUGGACAACGCGUCGGUACUCUGAAUGUCCGUUCCCACAGCAGCACUGGAGGCGAAGUUGUUCACUGGAGUCGCCAUUCACCAGAUGAUGGCGCAGUGUGGCAGUUUGGAGAAACCACAGUCAGCGCCCAUCCCAUGUCUCAUGAUGGUAUAUACCAAAUUGUUUUCGAAGCCAUUCGCGGAAAGGGCUCGGAAGACCAGAUCGAAGGCGAUAUUGCUCUGGAUGACAUCACCGUUUUACCAACGCCCUGCCAAGAAACCGUUUCGCAUUGCACAUUCGAGAAUGGACUCUGUGGUUUUACGCAUUUCCCUAACGAGGAUGGCAUGACCUGGCGUCGUGUGUCAAUUAGCAGAACAUUCAAUACUUCGGAACCACCUAAUCUAGCACCGCUCAUCGAUGUUACAACGGGCACUAAAGAAGGUUAUUUCCUAAUGGCUAAUCGUCACAACACCGCCCUGACCAGCUUAGCCCAGAUCCGGUCACCGGUGUACGAUUACACCAAUGCCCUACAGGCCAACACGGACCACUGUUUCCGCUUCUACUACGCCAUGCAGACGCGACCACGCAACAGUACGGAUAAUCUGGUCGUUACGUACACUCCCCUCCAGGGUGCACAACAAGUCUUCAUGGAACACUUAGCCGGUGAUCAGGGAUGGGAGUGGCAUAUGGCCACGCACCCGAUUCCUCGUCAAACGGGAGCGUUCUCCGUUAUGUUUACCGCUACCAUUGAUGAUACGGCAACUGUCUUUGCUGUUGACGAUGUGUCGGUGACCCCGGGACCGUGCGUUCAUUUCUUGGAUUGUCAGUUUGCCGGGGAUUCGUUGUGCCUAUGGAGAAAUGCCGAUGCAGUUCCAAACGCCAAUCAAAUCCACUGGAGAGCAGCAUCUCCUUCUCAGGGUAUUUCCAGCGGCCCUCCUGUGGAUUCUUCGGGUGCUCAAAAUGGGUGGUUUGCAUUGAUUACAUCGGAUGCUCCCUCGAAACCUAGGGAUCUGGCAUGGCUAAUGUCUCAAACCCUUCCGAAAGACACGUCUAUUUGUUUGACAUUCUGGUUUUAUAUGGGAUCUGUGGAUAACCAGGUUAACAUCCUCCGCAUUCUCAGUGUUGAUUUUGGUAACGAGUUUUACAAAAAAAUGUUAUGGAGAAUCGAGACGCCUGUGAGAUCCGAAUGGACAGCGGGGCAACUGGAAGUGGACGGUGUGCCCUGGCUUCGCAGUUUGGUCUUCGAAGCGGAAGUUGGUAGCAUCCGAGGUCUGUUUGUGGCCAUUGAUAACCUGGUGGUCCUGGAUCAUGCCUGUACACCAAAUGUUCUUCCCGAAGAAGCUUCCCCGAGCUAUAACCCACCGACGCCACCACCCACAACACACAACCCAUUAGAUUUUGAUGUCAGCUGCGAUUUUGAGGGAAACAAUAUGUGCGCUUGGCAGAAUGCCGCGGACAAUUUAGAUCAGUGCACAUGGACUGUGCAGUCGUCUCCCGUCAACGUUCUGCAAUCUGUUAUGACAGGCCCGUCAUCGGAUCACACACUGGGAGAUUCAACUGGACAUUAUCUGCUCUUUAACAGCCGAUUUUGUAAUAAUGCUACAUAUCCUAACGUCGGCUUCCGCGGUACAGCUCUGACCACAUCGAAGACCGUAGCGGGAGAAAGGAACUGCUUAAAAUUCUGGUAUUUCAUGUUCGGCGCGCCAGGAAUGCUAACCGUCCAGAUCAAUUCAAAUUCUGGAGAUUCGUGGAUUGAAUUCAUGCGAAACGGAAACCAGGGCAAACGAUGGAUCGAAGCUCGUGUAAACGUUCAGAAUGUCAACGAUCAGCCGUACUGGAUAGUUUUCGAGGCCAUGAUGGGUCCAUCACGAUUUGGGGACAUUGCUUUGGAUGACAUCCGUUUUGAUGAAGGACAGUGCGAGGCCAUCAGCAAUUACCAGUGCGAUUUUGAAGGAAAAUUUUUCUGUGGAUACAGAUCCGUUAAAGAAGACGGGGCUGGUAGCUUCUUCUGGAAUCACGUAAAGGUCAUGGAUAUCGUGCCUCUUGGUGUGGAUCAUACAUUCAUAUCAAAUCAUGGUCACAUUGCACAUGCCGACGGCCGCGGUGCCCGAAAAGGCGCCCGGACAUACUUAGUCAGUCCGCCUUACAUCCGCAUCCCCAACUCACCGCAGUGUGUAACCUUUUGGUACAAAAUCACCCCCUACCCCGACGGAGGCCGUUUGGCGGUUCACAUCACACGCGCUGCUUCCGGCAAUGACUUCAGCAGCCCGAAAUGGUCAGUAACCGGCUCCAACAUCGAUCAGUAUACUUGGGAAUACGGAACAGUGCCCGUGGAAAUCGGGGAGGAUUUCAAAGUGGCUUUUGACGCCCGCAACGAUAACGGGACAGCGUUCCAGGUGGACGAUAUUAACAUCAUCGAUGACGAGUGUCCAGGUCUUCUGGCUUGCACUUUUGAGGAUGGAUUGUGUGGAUGGAGCAACGGCAUUCUGGACAAUAUUGAAUGGAUUGUGCAUCGCGGCGAUGGUGUGCCGAAUGAGGUGUCCGGUCCGUCCGCCGAUGCUCUGGGUAAUCCCUAUGGACAUUAUAUCUACAUUGACAACGACUAUCCUAACGCAGAUGAUUACGAUGCGGCCCAUCUGGUGUCACAGCGCGUGGUGCCGAAAGUGUCGUUUUAUUGCUUUAGCUUUUAUUACCACAUGUUUAUCGAUGGACGGUCUAAUGCCUCGUUGGAUUUGAGCAUUGUGUCCGGUGGACAGACAUCGGAUUCUAUUUUUUUUCGCAACGAACCGGGACGAAAUCAGUGGAUGCGCGAGGCGAUUGAACUCAGCGAGGGAAUCGACUUUGGUGGGGAUUUUGCCCUAAUGUUUACAGGAAAAGUUCAUGGAGAAAAAGGAAAGAGCGAUAUUGCGCUCGACGAAUUUUCCUUCUCCGAAGGAAGGUGCACAGAUACCGGUCCACAUCCAGUUUUCAUGUGUGAUAACGACAUAAUGAUCGAAGGAUGGAAACAGUGCGAUAAUCGUGUCGACUGCACUAACGGCAACGAUGAACGGAACUGCGGAAACUGUGGCUUCGAGAACGAUCUGUGCGGUUACACGGUAUUCCAAAACAGCAACUACACCUGGACCCGGGUUCCAUCAGGAUUCGCCGGCGCACCAGUCCCGACGAACACCGUGGAAGGCAGUCGGUACUAUAUGUUAGCAGAUAACAAAGAUGGACCAGAUCGUUCAGCUGCCUACCUCGACAGUCCCAUCAUCCGUCAGACAUCCAAAACCUGCAGACUGCAGUUCUGGACGUACGUCUAUUCCCUGGAAGGAGAUCCGGGUGCGAUGAUUGUGACACUACGCAGCGGCGAUAGCGACGUGACCAUUGCCAUUUUCGACCAUAAUACGGGAGUGAAAAAUCACUGGAAUUUGUGGAUUGUGGAUGUCGGACGUCAUAGCGGUGAAUUCCGGAUUGUUUUCCGCGCGCGAAAAGGUUCCGAGACGAAUGGAAGCAUCGGUGUGGAUGAGGUCAUAUUUAAGGAUUGUGGUUUUCCGGAACGGCAGGCGUCCUGUGGUGCCAACGAGUGGCAGUGUCCGCAGAGCGGAGCAUGUAUCAUCCCCACGGAAUUCAUGUGCGAUUUCGCCGAUGACUGUGGCUACUACGAAGACGAACAAAACUGCCGGCAAUCCCAUCCGUUCCGAUGUGAUUUUGACGACGAUUUCUGUGACUGGACGCAAGAUGCCGGGGAUAACUUUGAUUGGCUCAGGACGAAUUAUCGUACUUUAAGCGGUUAUACGGGACCGAUUCGAGACCACACAACCGGACUGCGCAAUGGCGGAUUCAUUUACGCCAGUUCCACAUUCUACAACAUUUCGUCCGGUUGGUCGGGAAAUCGUGGCCGGUUACUAUCGCGACCACUGACAUUCACUAAUGAUUGCAUACUGCGAUUUUAUCGUCAUAUGUACGGGAAUACGAUGGGAGCCUUGAGAGUCUUUAGACUCGGUUCAUCUGCCGAGUUAUUUAUUGACAACGUCGGUCUAGGCGAUAAAUGGGUUAAGUCUGUGGUGCGCAUUGGUGGUCCAGCCGCCAACAUCAGGGUCGUCCUGGAAGCUCAACUCGGUGGUCUGGCUAGUGAUAUUGCGGUGGACGAUAUUUCAUUCAGCGGUUCGUGUUUCAACCAACCUGACGUGGUAACGCUGCCGCCCACCACAACAACAACAAUGGCGCCAACCACAACCGCACCUUCGACGAUUUCCACAGGGUCCAGAUCCACAGCCACAACGGCAUCCUCCUCGACUACCUCUUCGUCCACCAGCACGACUUCCUCGACGACACGGUCGAGCACGCAGUCUCCUUCCUCUACAGUUGCACCGGUCAGCCGCUCAUCGACUUCAGCGCCACCACUACCGACCACUUCCGCAGGCAGUACCACGACACAUUCACAACUGACCUGUCCUGACCGAUUCUGUGCGACCAGUCGGGUGUGUCUGGAGCAGAGCGCCAUCUGCGAUGGGAAGAAGGACUGUGAGGACGGUUUUGAUGAGGCCAACUGCCCAACGGCCUCACCCGCGAGCGGACUGGAUCCGGGAGCCAUUGCGGGGAUAGUGAUUGCGGUGCUAGCUGCUGUAGGAGCGGCAGGAGCUGGUGCAUAUGUUGUGAUAUAUAGGAGGAGAAAACAGAAUGGAACGGAGCGCAGUACCCUUGGUUAUGCGACAUUCGGUGCACUGGAUGGACCGGCGGAUGAGGACAGUGACCAUGUCGGGAAUAAAGUUCUCCAUGAUAUAUUUUCAAAGGAUCUGUGAUUUCGGCUUCGGGAGAUGGGCGAAUAAGAGGGCGUUAUAUAACAAGCAAUAUUUGAUUUUUUUUUCAAAUUUUCACUAUUUUUGUCGGUAUUAAUAGUGAGGGUGCUGAAAGCUAAGCCCUUGCUGUUGUGUUUUUGUGUACAAAUGCUGUUGGACUGCGUUAAUAAUAUGCAAAUUAGCAUGUGCAAUAAAUUACUUGAAACAAAUCGAUAUACAA